UUCUAAGAUUUAAUUGUGUUUGUAUUUUCUUAAAUUAGAAAUACGACAAGACUUAAAACAACCGUUAAGCAUAUUUAGUUAGAAGGAUUUUGUUUGUGACAACUGCCUAAGGCCUCAUUAAUUUUUCAUUUUACUACCGGUCAGAUGUUAACCAAGUUAAAUAUGUAUGAAACGACGAGUGAGUAGGGGAACUUUAUUAUUUUCAUCAACUUCAAAUCAUGGUUUUACCGGUAGACGCUUUCAAAUUUUCAUCCCGAGGCGCAAUAUGUUGCGGCAGGGCCAUUCUUAUUGGGUUGGGCCUGACAUCCAUCUACAUCGGCUUAUUGUUGAACAACACUUAUUAUAAGAACAAAUCAGGUCCGCUGCUUACGCCAAAAGAACCAGUAAACACGAGUUUUCCCUUGGUUGGAGACUCGGGCCAGUCAUUUGUGGACGGAUUGCAAGUGAAAGAAAGGAAGCCCAAAUCCACUUGCAAGGAAUACUUUUUACCAACGGUAGAAGAAAAUGUGAAUGUGAUAGAGCAGUAUCCGGCCGGUGACGCCCUCAGGUACAUGUCGAGAAUCGGGGGCCACAUGGAGGCACCAAGGGAGCUAAGAAAGAUUCCCGUAAUAGUGACAGCCGUCGACCGCAACUUUUAUCCAAUAGGGAUCGGGCUACAUUGGUCAGUUCAUUGGCAUUUGAUGAAGAGACCGGAGUACAAGAACAUUAAAGUAAUUGUGUACGACUUAGGGCUGACCAGGAGACAACGGAAAAUGAUGAUACGGAACUGCCGUUGCGAAUUAAGAAAGUUUGUCUAUGAAGAUUAUCCCGCCCAUGUCAAAAUAAGGAAAACGUAUGCUUUUAAGCCAAUCAUAAUCCAGACUGUUCUGAUGGAGUUUGGCUUCGUUUGGUGGCUGGAUAGUUCAGUUCGGUUCAUAUCCGGUGACCUCGAACCGACCCUGUCCCUUGCACGUGCACACGGGGCCCUCUACAACGUACACCACGAUGAACAUAACGUGCUCGGAAUCACCAGGCAGACGGACGCACGAACGUUCACGUUUUUAAAAGAAGACACGUGUAAAUUUAAACCUUUUGCCGAAGUAAGCGCAACGACGGUUUUGUUUUAUUUCAACUCCAUAACAAAGGCUGUUGUCAAAGCGUGGGUAAAAUGCGCCCUAAAUGAAGACUGCAUCGCUCCUAAGGGGAGCAAUCUCAAGAUAAUAUGUGAUUUAAAAGAUUCACGGGAUGGUCGUUGUCACAGGUUCGACCAGUCUGUGUUGGGUAUUUUAUUCAGGAGGAUUUAUCAUGAAACGGAUAUUUUCGAACCAGGAAAGUCGUUAAACAAAGUCGUAGAAAUCCGCAGAAACGAAGUGUUACAUUACUUUGAAAGUUGUUCGCCUAUUGGAAAGUGUUUAAUAUGAUUUAUAAAGAGUGUACAUAUGUACUUAUA